AUGGACGAACAACAGCCUUUGCUGCCUCGUGAUGGCUCAAAUGCCACCGGAGACGCCUCUAAGGAUGAUACUUCUCGUCAAUAUUCAAUACACCGCUUUCUACCUCACAUACAUGUUACGGAGCCGCGAUACCGUUUCCUGCCGUUAAUAGGAUGCUUGCUCGUUCUGGUCAACGAGGGAGAAUACUUCUUCAAGCAGAUCGCGUACUUCCGCGCCAUAGAGGCUCUCUAUUGCAUCGAGUAUUUCAACGACAUCGACCCCGAAGUGGCGAAGUUGGGUAGGAAAAUCCCAGAGAGCAUGUGUAAGCUCGAUGCCAUCCAAAAGAAAGUGGCCACUGCGAAUGGCAUCGUCAUACUCGUGAGGAUGACAUCGGCAUUCAUUGGUACAAUACCAUUAGGAUAUCUCAGUGACAAGUCUGGACGGAGAUUACCCUUGAUCAUGCACAAGGUUGGUACGAUCAUCUACACACUCUGUGUGUUUGUAUCAUGUGAGUCAGCCUUGCAGUACCUACCUAUUCAAGAAGAAACAACUGAUGCUCUCUCAGACAUGGGCUACCCCGUGGUGCCGAUAUGGGUCAGCUUUUUGGGAGGUCUCGGAGGUUUGAUUGGUGCCAACUUCGAUCUCAACCUCGCCGUCAUGCUCGCGGCCUACACAGAUGCCAUGACCUCGAGCACGCAAAGAUCGACAUAUUUCUUCAUCACGACAUCAAUGCAGUACGUUGGCCAGGUUUCAUUUCCACUUGCAGCCGGCCGCGCAAUCAAUCUGGACGGCCAAGGCGGUACUUCCGAGGUUUCGCUCUCAAUCUCUCUUGGGAUGGCAGUGGCUGGUCUGGUAAUAUCUCUGUUUUUCAGGCCAGAAACCAUGAAGAAAGAAAGGUCGAUAGGCCAAGCUUCUGCAGAUGCCGUGAUUGACUCUAGCAGCAUUGAUCAGACAGAGACAAAGACUGCAGGUGUGCUAGGCUCGCUCGCGCAUAAACUGAGGUCCUUUUGGACAGAUUUCAAGCGGAACGUUCAAGGCAUAGGCAUGACAAAUAUCUGGUGCCUUGCGUUUUCGAUGUUCUUGAUCACUACUGCCAUCAAGUCGGUGGACUGGCUCGGUCUAAUUCAAUACCCAGUCAUCAAGUUCGGCUGGAAGUACAAUCAGGUAAGUCCGAGCUGUACCAGACCAAUAUUUCACGCUGAAGAUCAUAGUCUGCGUAUGCGAUGGCCAUACAGGCCAUUGUAUAUAUCCUCUUGUACUUCUUACUGCUUCCCGCGUGCAACCGCUUAGGAAUCCGCUUAGGAUACACGAAAUCUUCAACAUCUUUGAUCAUCAUGCUCCUCUGUCUGGUUUUCCUGGAAGUCGGCUCGGUGCUUCUCGGGCUCUCUGCUACGGCCGUGCAGUUUAUUGGGGCGACUUGCGUGUACACUCUCGGAGCUGGUCUGCCUGCGGUCGUGCAAACUUACAUUGCCAACCUAGUCGAUAAGACAGGCCUGGGAAAGGUUCUAGCUAUCGUUUCGCUCUUUCAGGUGGCCGGAAAGAUUGCAUCGAGUGGCACUGGGCCGGUGAUCAUUGCUGCAGGCAUCGACUCCGGGAACGAGCAGUUAAAAGGUGCACUUUUCUUCUUCGCUGCCCUGGUUUUACUUUUUGCCGCGGCAAGCCUGGGGAUUGUUGUGUUCCGUGCUGGAAUUGCUAAAGCUGAGCCGGACGGUACUACAGAGAAUGACGACCAAAAUCUGGAACAAGGCACUUGA